GCUCCUGUCUUCCGCCCCUCGAGGCGCCCCGGGCGCUGGCCCAGGAGACCCAUGAGCCACCAGGCGGCAGCGUGCCACCGCCGCGCCCUCUGAUUGGGCCGGGGGCCCCCUGGAGGGUGGGAACGCGCGGCGGGUCCCCUCAGUCUCCAGGACCACCCGGCGGGGGGCCAGUGCGCAUCCUGGUUCCCGAGAGCUGCGGAGCCACCGCACCGCGCCGCCGCGACUGCCUUGGCGGCCCUCCUGCCAGGCGCCUGGACGGCUCCCGCCCGCGUGACAGGAAUCCGACAUGACCGAGGCGACGAGCGUCGCGCAGCUCGGGGCUUCGCUGCCCCGUCCGCUCCCGACCUCCGGGGACGGCGCGGGCGCGUCGGGCGCGCGGUGAGUGCGACGUCCGCGUCUGAGGGGACGACGCGGGAGGCCCGAGGGAAGCGCGCCGCCGUGUGCGUGCGGAGCGAUGGCUUCCAUGACCGCGGGCCGCCGCUGGCCUCCGCGGAGACGCAGCUCGCGACGGGGCCCCGCGCCGCGGCCCCGCACUUCUGGCCCGAAGCUCCCGACCCCGGAGGCCGGGCCCCCACGCCGCGGACCUCUCCCGCGCGCUGGUGCGGGACGAGACACGCUCCUCGGAGCCAAGGCGACACCUUCCCCUCCCGCCGCGCGGCGACACGUGACGGCUCUUGGGCCCCCGCAGCCGCGUGGGAGCGCGGACUCGGCCUGCGCUGCGCUCCCCCAGCCGGUCCCGCACGAACCGCGGGAAGCAGCCUCCCGCCUGGCCCCGGGCCCGGAACGCGGGGCCUCCGUGUCACCUGCGCGCGUCCCGAGGCGGCGGCGACGACCCCCGGCCAUGUGGGACCCGCGCAUGGCGAGGGCUCCCCCUCGGGAAUUGGCUGUGAUAUUGUGCAACAAAUCCAAUGCAUUUUACAGCCUUGGGAAAUGGAACGAGGCUUUUCUUACUGCCAAGGAGUGUCUCCAGUGGGACCCAACCUAUGUGAAGGGUUACUACCGAGCCGGUUACUCCUUGCUGCACUUGCUCCAGCCUUACGAAGCCGCUCGAAUGUUUUUUGAGGGUCUUCGACUUUUGCAGAGAAGCCAAGACCAAGUGCAGGUUCCUGAUUUCCUUGUUGGGAUCUUCACAACUAUGAGCAGUGACUCCAUUGUUUUGCAGAGUUUCUUGCCCUGCUUUGAUCAUAUUUUCACUGCUGGAUUUUCAACGGAAGUGUGGCAAUCUGUAAUAGAGAAGUUGGCAAAGAAAGGAUUAUGGCACCAGUCAUUUCUACUGUUGUCAUCAAAGAAAGAUCGACUGCCACGCGAUAUCUAUGUCUCUGAGCUGUCACUGAAAAGCCUCUUUGAGAAGUAUGUCUUCAUUGGGCUUUAUGAGAAAAUGGAACAAGUGCCCAAGUUGGUUCAGUGGCUCAUCUCCAUUGGUGCAAAUGUUGAAACCAUAGGACCCUACCCUCUCCAUGCCCUCAUGCGGCUCUGCAUCCAAGCAAAGGAAAGCCAGCUCUUCAGGUGGAUAAUGGAGCACAAGCCUGAGUGGAAAGGCCUCAUCAACUACACAGACGAUGCUGGCUGCACGGUCCUGCACCUGGCUGCUGCCCACUUCCCAGGGUACUCCAUCAAGAGACAAACAGAAGAUGUGCAGAUGCUACUGAGCUUUGGAGCAGACCCUACUCUGCUAGAUCGACACUCUCGGUCUGCUGUGGAUGUUCUGAAGAGGAACAAGAACUUCAGAGCUAUUGAGAAAAUCAACAGUCAUCUGGAAAAGCUGGCUUCGAGUUCUAAGGGCCUGUCAGAAAUUCCUGCUGGCCUGGUUUGUGACGUUAACCGAGAUUGUGCCAACACCUUCAUCAAGUUCUUACUGGAGAGACAAAAGUGGCCUGAAGUACUUCUGCUGCUCACCCGCAAAGUCAAUGGGCAGUCACAUCUCAGAAACUGCCUCAUGAAAGACUGUGACCUCUCAGACCUGGACAUCUGUACUGUCAUUCCCCAUCUCAGCUCCUGGGACCAGAGGAAGACCCAGCUUCUGAGCCGCCUGAUUGACAGUGGAGCACUGCCUGAGGGUCUCCAAGAGAGCCAGGACAGGCCACUCCUCAUGUGCCUGAGACACGAGGACUUCGACUUGGCUUUUAUUCUCUUGACCAAGGGUGCAGACCCCCGUAGUGUUUCUCUCAUGGAAGGUGACACUCCUUUGCAUGCAGCGCUCCACAUCUUCCUGGACAUCAAUGCUGACAUUGGCUUUAACUUCCUCAGCCACCUGUUGGACUUAUUUUUGUCCAACCCUUCUGAAUUUUAUUACCUUAAUCCUAACGUUCAAGAUAGCAAUGGAAACACAUUGAUGCACCUCCUUUUCCAGAAGGGCAUGUUGAAGCGCACGAAGAAGCUGAUAGAUCUGCUGGUGAAGUUUGACAUCAAUUUCAACCUGAAGAACAAAGAGGGCAAAGGCGUAAGGCACCGUAUUAAGAAAAACGAUGCUCUGCUUUUGGCCUGGAACAAAGCUGUGACAGAGAGCCGCCGGAAGAACCGACAAGACCCUGCUACCCACCUGGGGAGGCUCUCCAGGUCUUCUGCCCCUGGCCAUAUGUCUCAGCUCAAGUCCCAAACUUCCUUCAGGUCUCUGCCAUGUGGUGCCACUGACAAAACCCUUUCCUCUGGAGUCACAGAGAUUCUCCCUGAUGUUCAGGUAACUAGGCAUGAGCCUGAAGCCAUCAGGACACGUUCCCUGAGAGACCGCCUUGUACAGGACAUCACAGUUCUGAUCCAGCAGGUUGAGUUGGAUAUGUCUCUACCAGAGGACUAUCCCCAGCGAGGCUCUUUCAAGGUAGCAGCUGGCACAGAAGGAAAGAAAGACAAACUCCAGGGAGCCCAGAGUGGAGGGAGCUCUGGCUGUAGUAGAAACAACUCUGUCGUCUCUGAGGCUGGGGAUGGGCAUGCUCAGGCAGGCCCAGGGGCCUCACAGCUUGUUCCUGUAGGUAACAGAUUGGGAGUGGCCAGUGAUAAUCAGGAAAAUUGGACCAUGCAGGAGAUUGAGGCCUGUUUGCAGGACUUUGAUAACAUGACCUGGGAGAUAGAGUGCACUUCAGAAAUGCUAAAGAAGCUGUCCAGUAAGGUUAUGACCAAAGUUAUAAAGAAGAAAAUAAUCCUUGCCAUCCAGCAGUUGGGGAAUGGUGAAUGGACCCAGGGCCUGCAGAAGAGGCUGAAACACUCAAAAGGAAACAUCCAACUCUUUGAAGCAAAGCUGGACAAAGGCGCCAGGAUGUUGUGGGAGCUUGCCAUUGACUUCUCUGCUCGGUGCAGUGAGAACUCUGAGAAAAUUAUGGGUACAGAUCGGAACACCUGCUCUCCGGAAAAAUCAGGGCGGGUCUAUACAGAGAUCAUCCGCAUCUGGGACAUUGUCUUAGAUCACUGCAAACUGUCAGAUUCCAUCAUGGCCAUCUGCAGUGCUUACACCCGGGGUUUGUCCUGUGUCCUUCGGAAGAAGCUGAAGGGUAUCAACAAAGGGCAGGUAUCAGCUAACAUGAAAAUCCAAAAGCGAAUACCCCGAUGCUAUGUGGAAGACACAGAGGCUGAGAAGAGCAUAGAGCAGGUAGAUCCUGAGUACUUUCCCCCAGCCAGUGCUGUGGAGACAGAGUACAACAUCAUGAAGUUCCACAGCUUCAGCACCAACAUGGCCUUAAACAUCCUCAAUGACAUGACAGCAACGGUGGAGUAUCCUUUCAGAGUGGGUGAGCUUGAGUACGCUGUGAUUGACCUCAACCCUAGGCCUCUAGAGCCCAUCAUCCUCAUUGGGCGGAGUGGCACCGGGAAAACAACCUGUUGCUUGUACAGGCUUUGGAAGAAAUUCCACGUUUACUGGGAGAAAGCUGAGCAGGCAGGAAGCCCAUUGCUAUCCAAACAGAUCGUGCCAAAGAGAAGAUUGGAAGUAGAGCCUGGAAAAGAAGGUUCAGGUCGGGAAGAAGAAGAUGAGGAGGAAGAGGAGGGUUCCAUCAAAGUGGAGACAGUGGAUAACAUAGAUGAGGAGCAGGAGAGUGAAGGCUGUGCUGGGGGAGCCCCAGUAGAGCCAGCAGGGGACAGCCAAAUAGCAGAAGGGUGUGUGCCAGAACACCCACACCAGCUGGAACAUCUGCAUCAGAUCUUCGUGACCAAGAACCACGUUCUGUGUCAGGAGGUGCAAAGGAACUUUAUUGAGCUCACCAAGUCUACCAAGGCCACCAGUCACUACAAACCCCUGGACCCCAGUGUCCACAAACUCCAGGACCUGAGGGAUGAGAACUUCCCGCUGUUUGUCACUUCCAAACAGUUGCUCCUCCUGCUUGAUGCUUCUCUGCCCAAACCAUUUUUUCUGAGAAAUGAAGAUGGAAGCUUAAAAAGAACCAUUGUAGGAUGGUCCACACAGGAAGAGUUUAGCAUCCCCAGCUGGGAAGAGGAUGAUGAAGAGGUUGAGGCUGAUGGGAACUAUAGUGAGGAGGAGAAAGCUACAGAAACACAUGCAGGUGAUAGUGAUCCCCGAGUAUAUGUGACAUUUGAGGUGUUCACCAAUGAGAUAUGGCCCAAAAUGAUCAAAGGGAGAAGUUCCUACAACCCGGCACUGAUUUGGAAAGAAAUAAAAUCAUUUCUGAAGGGCUCUUUUGAGGCUCUUAGUUGUCCUCAUGGGAGACUGACUGAGGAAGCCUACAAGAAGUUAGGAAGGAAACGAUCCCCGAAUUUCAAAGAAGACAGGAGUGAGAUCUACAACCUCUUCUGCCUGUAUCAGCAGAUCAGGUCCCAGAAAGGAUACUUUGAUGAAGAAGAUGUCCUGUACAACCUGUCCUGGAGGCUAUCAAAGCUCAGGGUACUUCCCUGGUCCAUCCACGAGCUCUAUGGUGAUGAGAUUCAGGAUUUCACUCAAGCAGAGCUGGCAUUGCUGAUGAAAUGCAUCAAUGACCCCAAUGCCAUGUUCCUCACUGGAGACACUGCCCAAAGCAUCAUGAAGGGUGUGGCCUUCCGCUUCAGUGAUCUGCUCUCUCUGUUCCACUAUGCCAGCAGAAACACGGUAGAUAAGCAGUGUGCUGUCCGAAAGCCCAAGAGGAUUCACCAGCUGUACCAGAAUUACAGAUCUCACUCAGGAAUCCUCAAUCUUGCAUCUGGAGUGGUGGACCUACUUCAGUUCUACUUCCCAGAAUCCUUUGAUCGCCUUCCAAGAGAUUCUGGACUUUUUGAUGGUCCCAAGCCAACUCUCUUGGACUCUUGCAGUGUAAGCGACUUGGCAAUUUUGCUGCGAGGAAACAAAAGAAAAACCCAGCCCAUUGAAUUUGGUGCCCACCAGGUGAUUCUUGUCGCCAAUGAAACGGCAAAGGAGAAAAUUCCAGAAGAGCUGGGGUUAGCACUUGUGCUAACUGUUUAUGAGGCAAAAGGAUUGGAAUUUGAUGAUGUCCUCCUUUACAACUUUUUUACUGAUUCUGAGGCUUACAAGGAAUGGAAGAUCAUUUCCUCAUUCAUACCAUCAUCUGACUCCAGAGAAGAAAACUGGCCAUUGGUUGAAGUUCCCCUGGAGAAAUCAAGCUCCUCUCAGGCUCGGUCCCUUAUGGUGAACCCAGAAAUGUACAAGCUUCUCAAUGGAGAGCUGAAACAGCUGUACACCGCCAUCACACGGGCUCGGGUCAACCUUUGGAUCUUUGAUGAAAACCUAGAGAAACGGGCUCCUGCUUUCAAAUAUUUCAUUCGGAGAGAUUUUGUCCAAGUUGUAAAGACAGAUGAAAAUAAAGACUUUGACGAUAGCAUGUUUGUUAAGACCUCAACUCCUGGUGAGUGGAUCACACAAGGAGACUAUUAUGCCAAGCACCAGUGCUGGAAGGUUGCAGCAAAGUGUUACCAGAAAGGAGAUGCAGUUGAGAAGGAGAAGUUGGCUCUGGCCCACCACACUGCUCUGAAUAUGAAAUCAAAGAAAGUCAGCCCCAAGGAGAAGGAGCUGCAGUACUUGGAACUGGCUAAAACUUACUUGGAGUGCAAUGAGCCAAAGCUAUCUCUUAAGUGUUUGAGCUACGCUAAGGAGUUCCAGCUCUCUGCCCAGUUAUGUGAGAGGCUGGGAAAGAUAAGAGACGCUGCCUAUUUCUAUAAGCGAAGCCAGUGCUUCAAAGAUGCUUUCCGAUGCUUUGAGCAGAUUCAGGAGUUUGACCUCGCACUCAGGAUGUACUGCCAAGAGGAGCUAUUUGAGGAAGCUGCUAUUGCAGUGGAAAAAUAUGAAGAAAUGGUAAAGAACAAGACCUUUCCCAUUCCUAAGCUCUCCUAUUCUGCCAGCCAAUUUUACUUGGAAGCUGCUGCAAAGUACCUGAGUGCAAACAAGAGUCAGGAAAUGAUGGCCGUUCUUUCCAAGCUCGACGUAGAAGAUCAGCUGGUGUUCCUGAAGUCUCGGAAAUGCCUAGCAGAAGCGGCAGAAUUGCUGAACAAGGAGGGUCGGAGAGAAGAGGCUGCCCUAUUGAUGAAGCAGCAUGGCUGUCUCCUGGAGGCUGCCAGGCUCACUGCUGACAAGGACUUCCAGGCCUCGUGCCUACUGGGGGUUGCCCGCCUCAAUGUGGCCAGAGGUUCCGACAUAGAGCAUACAAAGGCUGUUCUGAGAGAAGCACUUGAUCUUUGCUAUCAAACCAGCCAGCUGUCUGGCAUUGCGGAGGCCCAGUUCCUGCAGGGUGUCAUCCUGAGGGACUUUCAGAAGCUUAGAGAUGCCUUCAUCAAGUUUGACAUGCUCAACCACUCAGCAGGAGUGGUGGAAACUCUCUAUGAAGCAGCCAGCCAGUGUGAAUCUGAGCAUCAGAAGGUUCUGGCCCUGGCUCCAGGUGGCUUGGAAGUCCUUCUCAACCUGGUCAGGGCCCUUAAAAAUGUGACAAACAAUGCUGAGAAGGAAAUGGUCAAAUCUUGCUUUGAGUUUUUUGGGAUUUCUCAAGUGGAUGCUAAAUAUUGCCAGAUAGCCCAGAAUGACCCUGGGCCCAUAUUAAGAAUAAUUUUUGACCUGGAUUUGACCUUGAGUGAGAAGAAAACAAAAGAUCACUUCUUAAUAGUGACUGAUCAAGUGAAGAUAGCCCUGAACAAGCACCUUUUGAGCAGACUGUGUCAGAUCACACAGAUCCUGCUUGGGAAGACCUACCCGGGGAUCUGCAUGAGAUUUAUUGUGGGUUUGAAAUGUGAGGAUGAACAGUGUGAAGAUUUCCACAGGCCCCUCAGACGCUGUGAGGCCAAGUGCAUGGUUCAGUCAAAAAUGCACCUGGUAGCAAUUAAUGGGUUGCUUCUGGAAGCCAAGAAAGUAUUCCCUAAGGUCUUAGCUGAAGAACUGGAAGAAAUAGAUUGUAUUUUGUCUCUAGAUACGUAUGGCCUUUGCAAAUCCUUCCUAAACCUUCUCUACCCUCGGCAUUUCCAUCAGAGAGUGCUGUCAGAAAACCCCAUGGCCUGCAAAGAAAUCCUCAAGCCAAAUUUCAAGUCCUUCCGCUCCUACCGGUUCGCCUUGAAAGAGUACAUCCAUGACCUGUUCCAAAAAGAAAGUGCACACAGCCGCAGGGAGUCCACAGACCUGUGGCUGAGCGCCAUGCAGGCUUUCCUUCUGUCCUCCAGCUACCCAGAGGACUUUGAGAAGCUGCUUCACCACGAGGAAGACAGUUACAACCGGGAGCUGAAAGCACUGGAGUCUGACCGAGAGGACAGAAGCAAGGGGAGAGGCAGCAGAGUGAAAGGCGUAGAAGGGAAAUUCGGCAUGUUGGUGCCCAACAAGGAAGACGAGACCUCGGAGAAGUCCUAUCUGUGCUUCAUCCGGCUGCUGGAGACUUCCCUGGACCAGCUCUAUGUGCAUAGGAACCCUGAAGACUACAAGAGGCUCUUCUUCCGCUUCAUGAACGUCCUCAUUAGGAGGUGCAAAGCGCCGCUGGUCCCCAGCAUUACCAACACAGUGGUGCUGCUGGAGCUGCAGUUCAUACACUGUGGAGUGGUGCUGGCCCGUCUCUGGAAGAAUGCGGUCCUGUGCCUCCCCAAGAGCUACAUUGCACUCUUGCACUUCUGGGAGUUCCUGUUCAGCAAGAAGGACAGGGAAUCUGGGGACGUGUUCUCCAUCAUCCAAGAGUACAAGCCGAAGGAUGUGGCCAGAGCCAUCCGGGACUUCCGGUUCCACCUCUCCUACCUCGUCAAGGUGAUGUGUGGUUACGAGAAUAUGAACUUCAAUGUUCUACUUGACGCCUUCAGUGAAAUAGACUAUGUGAUCUCCGGGGAGGCAGAACGGACACUGGUGCUGUGUUUGGUGAUGCUGGUGAAUGCUGAGGAAGUCCUGCAGCCCUUCUGCAAGCCACUUCUGUACCGCCGUUUCCGGGAGAUCCAGACAAGGCUGCAACUGAUGAGCAUGAACUGGCCAGACCAGGUGCCCAAGAGGUUGCUGAAGGUGGUACAGCGGGUGUUGAUGGCUGUCAGUGUGAAGUCUGUGGCCGAGGCACUGCAGGACCUGCUCUUUGAGCGGGAUGAAGAGUACCUAGUGGAUUGCCACUGGCGGUGGGACAGUGUGCACACCAAAGGCACUGUGGUCCGUGGCCUCUGUCAUGAAGAGGUCAGACUGAACCGCUUGCUCUGUAUGGGCCCCGUGGACCAGUUUGCUGACCCAGAGUGGGAUUUUGGUGAAGAUGAGACACAUGAAUUAGAUGAGUUGGCCCUGGAAGACCGAGAUCAUUUUCUGGCUGCCAUCCUUUCCCAGAAGCAGCGGAAGGCCUUGAUCCAGCGCAAGCUGCGCAGAGCCUGCCUGGUGGUGUCUCUGUGCAUCAGCUGGAGAAGAUGGAUCCAGACAGAGCAUAGCAGGGAGGAGGCUAGGGAGCUCAGGGCUGGGAAUUUCAAAAGGGCCGAUGUAGACAGGACCCAGUGUGACCUGUGUGGGGUGAAGUUCACCCGCAGCCCUGAAAGCUACUUCAGUCCUGGCAAAGCAUUUGAGGGAGCAUCAGAGGCUGUGAUCAUCUCCAGGGCUGAACUGGAAGGGAGAGAGUGUCGAGAGAGAAUCAGUGAGUCAUAUGAGCAACACAUUCGCUUGGAAGGCCACCGGAGGCAGCAGGCAGCCUACCAGAAAUAUCUAGAGUUUUUCCAUGAAAAGGCAGACCCGGCCAUCGAAGAAGGCAAAGUAGUGGUGCAGGACAUCGAGCAGAGCAUCUGGAUCCGUGGCCACUUGGGCUCCAAGGAGCAGAGCCACAUGCUGCAGAGAAAGGUGCAGGAGCACAUCAGGAGGGUUUCAGAUCUGGUGGAGGAUCUCUACAGACGGAAGGCCUGGGCUGAAGCCGAGGAGGUAAUGACUCGACAGGUCAAAAUUCUGGCCCUGUCAGUCAAGAACGCGCAGGAGUGGCUGAAGAAGACAGAGCUCCGCUUAAAAGAUGAAGGUAUUGUUCAGGAAGAGGAAUAUGAAAACGAAGUUGAAGACUUCGGCGAGCUCCGCCCUCGAAGGCGUUCCCGGAAAUGUGGAAAACAGAGAAAAUACUAACGUAUUUUCACCCACUUAUCGCUUCUUCAACCUUAGAGCUUUCCAUCCUGUUUUAGAAUUCUAAAUGCUGGGGCAGAAGAGAAGAAGGAUGUGAAUCAGUGUUACAAAGGGACAGGCGCCCUUGCUCUUCAUUGUUACUGCCCAUUUAGUGAUGCGUAGGGUCAGACUGCUCCCUCAGACAGGGACCUCCAGUUUUCCAAGUUGAGGUCUAACAGUAGCACUGCUCCCCCAGACACCAUACAUGUCCAGUUAUUGGGGGGGGGGUAGUUGAAAGGAGUGCUGGGACUUCUCUUCCCAAAGCUCAGCUCCUCUGGCUCCUCUUCACUGUAGGAGGACGAGGCAUUUAAGAUUGGCACACCUCAUCUUGGAGUGCCCCUGCUCCGGGUGGAGAAAGCCCUCUGUGGAUCCCUUAUCUCUUGCCACACUGCUGUAAAUCAGCAAGCAGAACCAAGACUACUUGUGCCUAGAGUUCAUUUGGGCCUUGUCAUCAACCGCCCUUGAGCCUAGGCUACCUUCUGGUUGUCUGAGUGGCUUCUGGAGUAUAUUUUCCUUUUCUCUCUGGUGACUUUUCUGCCCCCCCCCUCCCCCAUGAUCAUUCUCAGCUAUGUGUGCAAGUCAUGGUUAGGCUACCUCAGAAUGUAGUCAAGCUUCUGUCUAGCAGCCUUUGGACAUCCUUUUCAUUCGAGGAACAUUUGAGGGUGUUUCCAGCCUGCUCCAAGGUGGUCUUGCCUUUGCCUUGUGUAGAUGAUGUGAGAAGCGCCUUGUGUAUACCUUGUACGUCUAUGUUUUUUGGUUCUCCCCACUAUAUAUGACACCCAUGCUCAGGUCGACAGCUCCAGUUUCUGCCCACUGGGCUCUUCAGGUGUGGAACAAUGGACAGAAGAGGAACCAGCCUUCUAAUGGUGCGUCUUUGGGAUUUGGCUGUGGAUCACUGCCAUGUGGCCUGUAGGCUUUACCAGAGGGGUUGCAUGAGGCCUGUGUUCCCCUCCACUCACUGCCAGCAGCUCUCAGCCUGGUCUCAUUUGGGAAGCCUUCCUUCCUUGGAUGGUCACUACCUGCUCUUUCGCCACUCCACCCAGGUCCUGCUGUCUCUGGAGGCUUUGUCUCACCACAGAACCAGCUUUUCUUUCACGCUGCUGUUGCUUUCACUGCCCACUUGCCCUCCAUCAUCUUUCUAAAGAUGUGUUUCCUUGAAAUGUUGGUUUGGUAAUUAAGUUAUGUUUCUUUCUCAUUUUCCAGAUUUUUUUUUAUAAACUUGCCAGAAAAAAUCUAAUCAAAUAUUGCUGUCUUACCACAUUUUUUAUAUAAAGUUAUAGCAUCUCUCUUA